AGGACACGAUUCAUCAGCUGGAGAACGAGCUUAGAGGAACAAAGUGGGAAAUGGCGCGUCACUUGAGGGAAUACCAGGACCUCCUCAAUGUCAAGAUGGCCCUGGAUAUUGAAAUUGCUGCAUACAGGAAGCUACUGGAGGGCGAAGAGACAAGAUUCAGUGCCUUCUCUGGAAGCAUUACUGGACCCAUAUUCACACACAGGCAACCAUCUGUCACAAUAGCAUCCACUAAAAUUCAGAAAACAAAAAUCGAACCACCAAAGCUGAAGGUCCAGCACAAGUUUGUAGAAGAAAUCAUUGAAGAGACAAAGGUAGAGGAUGAAAAGUCUGAAAUGGAAGAUGCCCUAGCAGCUAUUGCAGAAGAAAUGGCAGCCAAGGCCCAGCAAGAAGAACGGGAGGAAGAGAAAGCAGAAGAAGCAGCUGCAGAGGAAGAAGUUGUUUCUGAGAAGGCUGCUGCAGAACAAGCAGCUGCACCUGAGGAAGAGGAGAAGGAGGAAGAGGAAGCAGAGGAGGAAGAAGCUGCAAAAUCUGAUGCAGCGGAAGAAGGAGGUUCUGAAAAAGAAGAAAUAGAGGAAAAGGAAGAAGGGGAGGAGGCUGAGGCAGAGGGGGAAGAAGCCGAGGCCAAGGGCAAAGCUGAAGAGGUAGCAGCAAAGGUAGAGAAGGCCAAGACACCCCCCUCAAAGUCACCCCCUAAAUCCCCCCCUAAAUCCCCUGUAACGGAGCCGGCCAAGGCUGUCCAGAAAGAAGCAGCUGCAGAAGCAGGAAAAGAACAGAAGGUGGAGAAAGGUGGUGAGAAACCAGCCAAGGAAGAGGAGAAAGCAGCAUCUCCGGAGAAGCCAGCGACACCAAAGGUAACCUCUCCAGAGAAGCCUGCGACCCCGGAGAAGCCUGCGACCCCGGAGAAGCCGGCGACCCCGGAGAAGCCCCGUUCUCCAGAAAAGCCGGCGACCCCAGAGAAGCCCCGUUCUCCAGAAAACCCCCGUUCUCCCGAGAAGCCCCGUUCUCCCGAGAAGCCCCGUUCUCCCGAGAAGCCGGCGACUCCCGAGAAGCCCCGUUCUCCCGAGAAGCCGGCCUCCCCGGUCAAAGACGAAAAGGCUGUGGUGGAGGAGACGGUCACUGUCACAAAGGUAACAAAAAUUAGUGCCGAGGUAGAGAAGGAGUCCAGGAAAGAAGACAUUGCAGUGAACGGUGAGGUGGAGGAGAAAAAGGAAGAGGGGGAAUCCAAAGAGAAGGAGGUUGAGGAGGAGGACAAGGGAGUUGUCACCAAUGGCCUAGACGUGAGCCCAACUGAUGAUAAAGGUGAGAAAAUCGUAGUGACCAAAAAAGCAGAGAAAAUCACUGGUGAAGGUGGGGACAGUACAACCACAUACAUCACAAAGUCGGUGACAGUCACUCAGAAGGUAGAGGAACAUGAAGAAAGCUUUGAGGAGAAAUUAGUGUCCACCAAGAAAGUGGAGAAAGUUACUUCACAUGCUGUAGUAAAAGAGAUUAAAGAGACCGAAUAAAAUAAAACAUAGCUAAAUUAAAAAAAAUUAAAGAGCUUGGGUCGGUGCAAAAGGUUAAGCCAUAUGACAGCUGCAAAAUGCAUGUGAGUGACGGCUUCAAAGCAGAACGGGUUCUCUCAUGGAGGCUCCAGACACACAGUAUUUUACUUUUUUGUGCAAUAUAGGGGAGGGGGGGGGAAUGCAUGCAGGCUCAAGAUGUGCUCCCUCCACAGAGCUUGGGUAUCUUAAAAAAAAAAAAAUACUAAUAAUAGUGCAUGAGAUGAAAUGUGCAAAGGAAGCUUUUGAAUUUCCUGAGCUGUUGGAGGGGUAUAUCUGAGGAAUGACUUAAGAUGUAUUAUGCAAAGAACCAACUGAGCCAAAACCAAACAGAAAACAGUAAUAGAAUAUUCAUGAGAACCAGAACUCUCCUAGCCUUAAAGAAAGCUACUUAUAAAUAAUUAUGUUUACCUCACUGGUGCAAUUAGGGUGGACUUUUGCUCAUGGGAGAACCUAGUUGACAUGCACAGUACGCAACCUUUUGUUGUUUGAUGUAAAACAGUCACAGCAGUUCUUGCUCAAUAAAGGUCAAUACUGAAAAC